AGGUUAUGAAGUCGGCAAGCCGACAUUCAAAUUAUCCUUGACCUCUCAUUCAUAAUUAAGGAAUCGUCGAAUCCCAAAAUAGACUAGUGUAAUCUUGAAAAUUAUCAUGAACCUCAAGAUUGUGUCCCGUCAUAAUUAUAAUUUUUGAAUGUGCCAUUGCCUCCCACGCACAACAAUUACGAUAAGUAAGGAAGGCAGGGAAGAUUGAGGGGGUGAACUUCUAGAGGAAGUGGUAUACCAAAUAUUACAAUAAUCCAUCUCAAAGCUCAGAAGAGCUCGAAUCCUCAAUAAUGGCAUCAACUCGUAUGUCACCCGGCGGGGCACUUCUAAGAGCAUCCAGAGUCUUCGCAAUUCCUAAUCCUCUCCCACGACCAACCGGCACUCUUUCCUCUCAAGCAACCUUCGAUUCCAAUACUGCGACCCUCCCCCAUCCAAUCCAUCAAUCAAUCACCACUCCCCAAUCCUCCCUCGCCAAAGGUGAUUGGGGUUUCAAACGUCCCUUACCAUUACGAGCUACCACGCGCACAUCUACACCCAUCAUACGCGUAGAAUCCAUCGAUACUUUCGAGCACGUUACCGAGUUUGGUUCUGCGGCCGAUCAUAGUUUGACGUUGCGGAAAUGGCAGGAAAUGAAUAUUCCCAUCUCGACUCCUAGACCUAGUAAAUUGAUAUUGGUGGCUACGAGGGAUCAAAAUAUUCCUAGGCAUAGGAGUGUGUUUGAGGAUAAUAUCGAUACGACAGUGAGGAGUGAUUCUAUUCAUCCGGCACUUAUAGGUCAGGGUAAAGAUGAUACACGUUGGAAGUUUUCGGGACCAUGGCUUGCCGGUCUCACAGAAGGAGAAUUCCAAGCUUAUAUUGCGAAAGAGGUGGGCAGGAAAAAGAGCGAAUUCAGACAAUUUCUUAGGGAAUCUUGUGCCUUAUCUCUUACGAGUGAAGCUCGUGCUAAGGCUCGUGCUAAAGCACUUGAGAAUGAUGGGGAUUUUACAAAUAUCUCAGAGAUAACCGCGGAUCAAAUCACUGAAGAUCAAUUAUCUUCAUAUAUCCGUCAUCUUCGACAUGAUGAAUCCACCCUGUACCAACAAAUCCGUGCCUUCCUCGAUCUUGCACCCUCACCAGCUCCUAUACCCGAAGAAGAUAGUCCCGAUUAUUAUGAUUUAGGAUCGACCAGAAGACCCAGACCUGUUGAUAUUCCCACCUCCCCAUCUCCAUACGCCGAAUCUGGUCCUCCAAAAACCCAUCCUUCGGCUGGAUUAUCCUAUUCGCGAAGUAGCAGUUGGACAUACAAUCACGCACUUUAUGGACCACAAGCACAUCAUCCCCCUGUCGAAGCUCGUAUCGUCAUGCCUAAGAAUGCAUCUGGAGCGGCCCCCGUUCUGGGAGUUGGAGGAGUCGUCGUGGAUAUUCCAGCUGGGUUUACUCAAUUUGAUGUAAGACCCAGUCAAGCUUAUGGAAUGCGAGGCCAAGAACAAGUUGCUGGAUUAUUAUAUGUCGAGCCGGAGAAAUAUGGAGGUUCUAAAACUUGGGUCGAACCUAAACAUGCUUAUAUUGAUUCAAAGGGUAAGAUUGUUUUAUCGAUCUUACCGGCGGAUAGAGAUGCCAUUGCUAUUAAGGAGGAUAAGGUGGAUGAGAUUCCUGAACCGUUGCAAUGGAAUUUUACGCCACCUGUUAGGAAGACUAAUUUUUUGAAACAGAAUGGUAGUGGAGAGGGUUAUGGUUUGAGUGGGUUUUAGGAAUGAAUGAAUGGUUGUAUGUAUAUUAUGUUACAUAUGUAAAAUCUUACAUUUUAAAAGAAUUUAUUAUGAGAAUGCUAGAUGAUAUACAGAUGCUAUGUCAUGUCAAUUAUAUAGCAUAUAUAUUUACUCAUAGGUGGAAAUCAUCAGUCUUAGAUACCUAGAGAGGUAUUAUAUUGUUCUUGAUUUCCUAUA